UGUCUGCCACAGAGUAUAUGCGGGCAUGCUUCUUCCAUAGUCAGUCCAGAUUUCGGGAGGAUGAAAUUAAUGCAUUCUUCUCAGUCAAAGAUAUCGACUUCACUUUGUGCACACACUAUAUCUAUGGCUAUGCGAAAAUUGACACUGAAGAAAAAACAAUCAUGUCUGUCAACCGGGACGAGGAAGAAGGCAGACUAGGACUGUACAAACAGUUCAAAAACGGCAAAUUGACGAACCCUGAGGCUAAAACUGUUCUCACCCUUGGAGGACCAGGAGGCGAUACCGAUUUAGCAUUCAAGACACUGCACUCAAAAGAUAACACCUUUGACACUUUCGCUCAGCAUGCGAUCGGCUUUCUGAGGGAUAAAGGAUUCGAUGGUCUGAACAUCCACUGGGAGGUACAAGAGGAAGAAAUGGGUAAAGUGGUUCUUCCUAAACUGCUGCAGGCCUUGCGGAGUGCCUUUGAUGGCGACCAUGUGGCCAGCAAGUUGUUGCUCAUCGUCACUGGUUUAGUGGUGCCCCAUUCAAUCUAUUCUUUUUACAAUGUGGAGCCAAUACGCAAAUGUGUGGACUAUAUUUUCCUGCCGAUGUCAGACUUGGUAUCGAGAGACUACGCUUCCUUUUUAGACCCUCUUUAUCCCAAACCAGUCAAAUUAACUAUUGAUCCACUACUAAAUGUGAAUACCAGCAUAAGUAAAUGGUGGAUCAAUGGUACACCGUACAACAAGAUGGUGCUUGGUGUAACGGCACUAGGCAACUACGUGUAUCUAAAAGACGUAUUACACCAUGACCCCGGCGAUCCCAUUGAGCGAACAGUCCUUCGAGGGACCAGAUAUAACAUACCAAAUCGCUUAGCUUAUCCCGAGGUGUGUAACAUGCUGAAAACAUCAAGAAGACUGUAUGAUAAUGUUCAGAAGAGCCCCUACCUGGCGGCAGGACAUCUGUGGGUUGGCUACACUGACACAGCCAGCCUGGCAGAGAGG